AUGGCGGUGGCCCCGGUGUUGGGAGCCCUCUUCGGCUUUGGCGUCACCGUCUUCAAGAACUCGCUGAGCUACCUGCCGUGGUACCGCAAGCCGUGGGAGCAUGUAAUCAGCGGCACCGCCGGCGCGUACGCAUUCACUUGGGUUGCUGCAAAGGAGGACGAGAUGGUCAAGCAGCUCGAGGAGUACUACGAGCGCGCUGCCGCCAAGCAGGAAAAAUGA